ACAAGAAAGAAAAAGCCUGUUUCUAACAAAAGAAAUCAAACCCCUGGAAUGUGAAACAGCCAGCAAUCCGCCCAUAACAAGUCUGGUGUUGUAUUAAAGAAUGUGAAAUAUGUGUGAUGUAUGUAAGUCUAGUUAAUGGGCAGAAGUCUUAAUGUAAGGCAAUAAAAGAGACCAGAUUCUGCGGAACACCGCUAACUGUAGAUAUCGAAUACAAACAAAUCGAAUAAAUUGAAAGAAGUAUCUUGUUCAUGCAUUUUCCAGAUAAUGUUGCGAGGACGAAAGUUACAUCAUCCAGUGGAGAGGGUCCUUACCCAUUAUCCCGGGCCACGGACGGAAGCACUGCUGCACACUCGUAUGAUUUCUGUAUAGAUACAGCGCCCAGCAACCCCAACUGGUGGCGUGUGGAUCUCAAUGACACAGUGCUGAUACGUGAGGUCACCAUCUACUUCAGAACUGACUACAAACCUAGAAGGAAUGGUAUCCAGGUGUACGUGACCAACUCCACUGAUGCCCCCAGUGGUCAAAACUGCUACAACGUAACAGGAGGAAGUGAUGGAAGUGGCAUUGCUGACGUCACACGGGCACCUUGCUCUGGCACGGGGCGCUACAUCUUGCUUUACACAACAGUGCACAAUGCUGGCGACACAAGUAUCAGUCUGCCUGAACUUGACUUUUGUGAGGUGGAAGUAGACGUGUGUGGUCCUGGUACCUUCGGCUCUGACUGUGACAACUACUGCCACUGUGACGGCGAGGUGUGUAACUAUGUGAGCGGCAUCUGUCCAAGUGGAAUGUGUAUGCUGGGCUGGUUUGGCAACAGUUGCAAUAUCACAUGUCUCACGGGAGAAUACGGACGACGCUGCUCCAAGCGAUGCACAGACAGAAUGUGUAAGGACAACACCUCCAGCUGUAACCAUGCAACUGGUGAAUGUUUAGGAGGAUGUCUGGCAGGCUACCAAACACCGGACUGCACACAGGAAUGCGUCGAUACGUAUGGAGAGAACUGCACAAGAAGCUGCUCAGUCAGACAUUGUAGAGACACGCCACAAUCUGUAUGUGAUCACGUGACUGGAUGGUGUAAAGGAGGCUGUAGUCCCGGAUGGAAAGAUGUCGAUUGCACAACAGGCUGUGUCCAAGAUGUGGAGUAUUGUGCCGGAUGUACAGGCAACUGCAGUGCCCGGAUGUGUGAGGGAGGGUCGGGCUCCUGUCCCCUGGACACAGGCUUGUGUAGUGAUGGGUGCCAGUCAGGAUGGACAGGAGAGGAUUGUACUCAGAGUGGUGUGAGCAGUUUGUCUUCAGUCACAAGUAUAUCCCCAGCAGUAGCUGGCAUCAUUGGGUCUCUCACUAUGCUGGUGGUCUUGGUCGUGGUUGAAGGCAUGGUCUGUCUGUGGAGGAAGGGAGACUUCAGGUGCGUUAACAGGAUGAACAAGGAGACACCAAGACAGAAUUCUAGCACACCUGAGACAAGCCCCGCCCCUCCUGCAGAACUCCCCACGUAUGAUGUCCUGCCUGAUCAAGACUACACCAAGCUGGACAGGAUCCACACGGAACAUUAUGAGACGUUACAGCCUACAGUUGACUAUCAGAACAGUGAUGUCCGCAUCUAGCUGGACAGGAUUCACACGGAACAUUAUGAGACGUUAAGUCUACAGUUGACUACCAGAACAGUGAUGUCCGCAUCUAGCUGGACAGGAUUCACACGGAAUAUUAUGAGACGUCGCAGCCUUCAGUUAAUUACCAGAACAGUGAUGUCCGCAUCUAGCUAGACAUGGUCCACAAUGAACAUUAUGAGACGUUACAGCCUACAGUUGAUUACCAGAACAGUGAUGUCCGCAGCGAGUGUGGGAGUUGUGUUAAACCUCUGAGAGCCUACAGCUUCGAAUAAUUGAGAAUACUUUAUAAUAACCUCAGUUUACUGGAAUUUCAUGAAUAAAUUCUGUUUGCUUUCAA